UUGCGGUCACGUGUAGCUGUUGGAGGCGACUGAGGUCGGCUAGACGCCGUAGCGCAGCCGUACAGACGCCGCCGUUGGUGACCAAAAUAUAAAGUACUAGCGUCGUCGACACACUAGCUUUUCCAACCAAACAGCGCUGCAGCUAAUUGCGCCGCCAGCGGCUCACACAGCCCGCGGGCAGCCAGAAUCUCUUCACACAGACGCCAGAGAACCCGCUCGGGCAGCGGUAAGCUCACAGCCACCGGCGGGGCAGCCCCCACUUAAGCCAUGGCCACCCAUGCCCUGCGCCAGGACCCCGGCGGGAUGACCGACUUAUUGUCAAGUAAGCAGUACGGCUCGCCGAAGGCGCGCGAGGUCAUCGAGGCGCGACGGGGUAGAAGGCUGAAGACCGAGGCAGAACGCAACGAAUGGCGCGACGUCCAGGAGCCAAAGCCAGCGCACAUGGAGGCGCAGUUCGCCGUGAAGAAACGAGGGUUGGACACGCCGCCGUCCUACGCGAACAACCUGCCGCUCAAGGGCUGGCACCGCCAUAUUGUAUUGAGGGGGGAAAUCAUCGGGCCGCACGAUCGCGUCGUGUGCCACUGGCCGCCGUUCGACCCCAUCGCCGAGGAUCCCACAAGAAGGAAGUUGUUAAGAAGUAAAGCGGAGGUCGCCGAGUGGCUCGCCUGCUGCAACGCGCAGUUGUACCUCGAUCGGUUUUCGUUCGACGUCCAGGAAUGUUUGUCACAGUGGCCCUCGGAGGAGGAUGGGUUGAUACUGACGAAGAACCGGGGCAAGCUACCUCCACUAUUAGGCCAGCUACCCCCACAACGCUCGGGCCCCCACAAUAACGACAAAGCCAAGUUCGAAGAACAGGAGAUCUUCGUCGCGAAUGCUCUGGGCUUCCCCAUCGACCGGUAUUUUGAAUAUGUGGACGAGCCGACGUUCCGGUGGACGCACCACGAGUUCCUGAAGACCUUGAGGCAUUCUGUUAGGGAUGACAUUGCAAGACAAUGUCGCGAAGAGAAGGAAAGGCGGCAGAACGUGGACAAAUUGUUUGAAAGGGAAAAAAGAUUGUGCUUCCGGCACGCGUUGUUCGCGAAGCACGGGCGGGCCAUUGAUGACGAAGAUGAUGGUCCAGGUACGUUGGCUGUGGAGGCUUCAUUUGUUAAUGAAGAUGGCAUGAAUUUACUAUAUCACUGCGCGUCGACGCACGCGAAGAGUGAAUUAUUUGAAUUGUCGCCCCACAUCGCGGAAGUUACCCGUGAUGUAUUCCAGUUCCCGUUGCUCAACGAGGACUACUGUUCUCACCUUGCUUCGGUCGCUCGACAGUUCCGUGCGAAGGCGAGGCAGCACUGCUCGCAUCUACCGGGUGAUACGGCCCGGGCGCCAGCUAGAAUAUGUUUAGACAAGCUCGGACUAUCUGAAGAGAUAGCGUCCGAACUGAUAAAGAGGGUCGCGAGGCCCUUGGCAGCGCGACUGUUCCCGGGCAUCGGAGAAACGUUGGAUCAUCACGUCGCCUUCUUCGAUACGCGAGCCGAGACGAUGCGCCAGCAGCAACCCAUGGACGCGCCGGUCUUCAACGAGAAUCGGGGCGAGGAGAUUUUUGAUCAUAAACUGGAAGACGAGGCCGAAAUAGUGUUGGACAUCUGCCUUGAAAGCAAGUCCGUGGAGGGUUUUCUGCCUUCUCGUUCAUUCCAUGGAACUGAUGAAGAGCCCGUCCACCCGUCCGUCGAAGUGUCUCAUCAUCAGGUCGGCUCGGCCUUGCUGUAUGAUGGUACGAUGCGCCACUCUAGAAUUGUCGGUGGUCCGGAGCAACUCCAUCUGGUCAUAUGGUGCCGGAGCAUGCCAUUUAGAGAGUUAAAUUCGUAUGAGGGCGGCGAGGACUAUCGCGAGUACGGGUCCUUAGCCCAUGAAUACAAUGAAGCGGGCGUGCCGGGGCCGACGUAUAGUAAUUAUGAUGGGGAGGAAGAAGGAGGCGUUUUAUUGGAUGGCGAAGAGCGGAUCUAUGUCGAGCGGGAAAAGCCUCCCUUCCGGCUGGAGCGGCCGCAGCGGAAAGUUGUAGAAAUCAAGGGCUACGACGAGGUCGGGCCCCUACCGUACGACCCGCAGAAUCCCCCACCGGAAUUCCGGAGGACGUUUUUUGAUGAAGGUCACACUCGGGAAGAUUUAUACAUGCCCACACCUAGAGAACGGGAGAACUUCAAGGAGUUCUGGCGGGAACGCAAUGAAGAAUUACAGCGCAAGGCCGUCAAUGGGACGCUGAAGCCGGACGAGGACAUCCUCGGGGCCCUGUUGGAAAGGGCCGACGAGGAGGGCGGCGUGCAGGGUGUGCAGUACAAGAUGCGCAGCGUGCCCCUCAAGCCCGGCGAGAAGGUCAACGAGGAGCCUCCAAAAGUUCGGUUCGACCAGGAGGACGACUUCGAUAAUCGGUUCGGGGAGGGGUUGAAGUUUGGCGAGUACUAACAACAUGUUUACGUG